GCUUUGCUUUGUACGCGGCAUAAAGAAAAAUAAAAAUAAAAAAUCUUCACCUGAGAGGAAGAGGAAGACUUCGCCGGCCGGCGACUACCACACCGACGGACUGGAUUGCAUUCUACGAAGCAGACAUUUUUUGAGUUGAGUCGAUCUUGAUGGAUAGUGCAGGCAUGAAUGCUGCGGAUAAUAAGAAAGAAGCCUCCAAUCCGCGGCGGAAAUUAUCCUGCACCAAUUGCUUUGAUGCUCUCUGGUUCUGCUACUCUCCUGUCUACCAGAUGCAGCAGUACUAUCGACUUGGUGUCUUUGAUAAUUGUUCGGGUAAAUGGAGGGCUCUUGUUGAUUGUUUAACUCUGAAAACAAAACGAGUUGCAGUGGUGGAGGAAAUACUAGAAGCUCGUGACAAUGCCAAGCCUCCGCAUAUUUGGUCUCUCCGAACUCCAGAAGAAGCGACUGCUCAUUGGCAACAACUUUUUGGGCAUAUUGAGGAUAAUAAAUGGGACUAAAUAAUAGUCGUUACUAGAUUGACUAUAUUCACGUGAUUUAGCUGAUUUUAUUCUUACAUCAAAAUUCGGCAUUGCUUUCUCCAUUGAAUCAGUCUAAUGUGGAAAUUUCAAGAUGUGAAAUUCUUUCAUCAAUCUUGUGUUCUUCUGUGUAGCGUACGGUGUCUCGUGCCAAGUGAAAGGAGAGCAGAGAGAGUGCCAAGUCAUCUCUUUUUUUAAUUUUUAUUGCUAUUUCAUCCUUUCUUUCUAUUUUGAAUUUUCUGUGGAAAAAAAUAAAAGAGCUAAUACAACCAAAUAAUUUUUCUUAAAUAAUUUAUGUAUAUUAGUUGAUUUAAUAAGGUAUAUUUAUUUAUUUUCAUUUUCUUUUUAAAUGAGUGUCUUGUUGAACUUGUGCAUGUCUAAUAAUACUUGGGGUUAAGCAGAUUUUAAUAUUUAUCAUUUUGAUUCUUAGUACUAUUUUACAUUGUUAAAUGAUAAUAAUUUCUUG